AUGAGUGUAUCCGUAAAUAGUGACCCUGCCGUUUUUUCAAGACUUCAGUUAGCGAGAGCACUGAAAGAGGAUCCAGAAAGUAGUGUAAUAUUUGUCCACAGUCGUCCAAAUCCUCGCAGAUACGAUGAUGACGACCAAGUUUAUAUACCAAGACCAACUCAUUUACUUACUCCUCCAAUUUUGAGUACGAUAGAACAAAAUGAUAAUGAUACUAAUAUUUCUCGGCCUCCAAGAAAGAGAGCAUCGUCUUAUUCUUCACCUUCAACAAAUGAUAAUCCAAGAGAUAGUAUAGUUAUGUCCGAAGAAAGACGUGGUAGUUUAGGAAAACAGGCUACAUUAAUGGAUGUUAGAGAAUCUAUAUUAACUAGUAGGCAAAUUAAUACUGUAUCAUCUUUUUCACCAUCUUCUAGUCAAAGAACUUCUUUAAUACUUCAACAACCCAGAUCUCUUUCUGAAGGGCAAACCGCAAAAACUCCACAUGUUCAUUCAAGAUCAAAUAGUUUGUCAAAUUCUCGUCCAUCAUCUGUUCCGUCAUCUAUGAACAACAGUGCUCCUUUACGAUCAAAUCUAGCAAACAACAAUUCAUCUAGACCACUAUCAUCUUAUACAAAUACACAAUCUAGACCAAAUUCCGUAGUUACAAAUCAAUCUCGACCGUCUUCUUCAUACAAUAAUUCUCCUUCUAGGCCAUCUUCUUCAUACAAUAAUUCUCCUUCUAGGCCAUCUUCUUCAUACAAUAAUUCUCCUUCUAGGCCAUCUUCAUUAGUUAAUCAAUUUAAUUUUAAUGAAUCUGAUGAAUCUGACACUGAACCAUCUCCAAAAAUAAUUUCAAAAAUCAAUCAAUUGGCUAUAUCAAAAACGAGUCAAACAAAGAAAUUAGAUAAAUCUGAAAAAUCUAAUAAACUUAAAAAGGUUAAAGAAGAAGAAGACUCUGAUAGUGAAGAAUCCUGUGAUGACGAUGACAGUGAUGAUGUUGAUAAGGACGAGAAGGAAACGGAUGAAAGUUCUGAUGAUACGCCUCUUGCUCUCAAAGUCAAACCAAUAAUUAAAGUUGCUUCUCCUAAUGGCUCCAUUAAGAAAAAUAGUGGUCGGAUCGAAGAAUGGCUUAAUAAUGUAUCGGGUGAUGAAUUCUCAAGCCCUGAUCCAACCAAUUAUGUGCGUAGUCGUAGACUGUCCGAUUAUACUCCAAAUCAAACAUUUAGUGCAAGUCCACUUGGUAGAGGUUCGGUUGAACAUCGUUAUCACCGUUCUUCUACAUUUGAUUCUCAUGCUCAAAAAUCUCUAGCCAAUCCGAAUUCUCGACGGAAAAGCCAUUCAGAAUUAUCUCCACAUCGUAAAACUGAUCUACUUAGCUCCCCACAAUUAAUAACAGGUCGUAUAUCGCCUAAUCAACGUCAAGAUUCUGGAUACUGGGCUCGUGAAACUUUAGCAGCAUUAUCGACUGAUUCACGUCAUCAAAUGUUAAUGAAUGAUUCGUCAAGUGGGACAAGCACUUCAAAAGCAGAAGUGGUAGCUCAUACGGAAUCUCCACAACCGCAUUCUAAAAGUAAACAUCGUGAUUCAUUACAUCCUCAAACACCAAUGAAUGCGAGUUAUUAUGGACAUUAUACGAAUUACGCGAGUGAAUCGCAUAGAAAGGCUUCAAACGAUUAUAAUAACCCUGGAAUUAGAACUAAUUCUGGGGCUUAUAUUCAGAAGCAUAGA